AUGAAGAGCUUGAUUUUGAUUUCCGUCAUUGCACUUGUGGCUUCUGUGCCCGAUGGCUACAACUUGUCUGGGCCUCGAGGAGGAAGCUUUACUAAUGGAGCCGCUGGUGCUUCGAGAGGAACAAUCACUCAAGGAGCUUCCUCGGGGAUAGCCACUUUUCAAGGAACCACUUCCGGAUUAACCGUUGGGCAAGGUACUUCAUCGGGAGCUUCCUUUGGUAGAGGAACUGCAUCCGGAGCGGCAGUCAGCCGCGGAACUUCUUCGGGAACAUCCUCUGGCUUUGGAGCCACGAGCCAGGGUCCUUGCAGAGGUGGACAGGUGCAUCACGUGGAUGGAAGGUGUGUGACGCCUCGUGUGAACCGUCGCGUGUUUGUCUACGACGUUCCCUCCAACGCCCAGACAAGCGGUCCUGUCAACAUCCCCGAACCUCGCGUCGAGACCAACAUUCUGUUAAUCCGGUCUCCCGAAGGCGGUCUUGGACCGCAACCCGUGGUCAUUCCUCCACCCCGACAGAAUCACGUGGUUUACGUCCUGAACAAGCAAAGCAGUGCAGGGCCAGGAGUGAUCGAAGUACCCUCAUCCGGCCCUACAACCCCUGAGGUUUACUUCGUCAACUACGCCGAAGGAGAGAACCCAACCCUUCCAGGCGGGGUGGACCUCCAAUCGGCUCUUCAAGCGGCCAGUCAAGGUGCAGCUCAGACUGUUGGUUCAGCAGGACAGGCUGUUUCCUCAAGUGGCCACGCUGUAGCUUCGUCAGGUCAUUCUGGUUCGUCUGUUGGCCAGGCCUUUGGAUCAGGGGUUUCAUCUGGGUCCUUUGGCGGUCAAGUGGGCGUGUUAGGAGGACUCUCUGGCUCUGUCGUUGGGCAGGCGAUUGGCUCCUCAGGUCAUGCUGGCUCUUCUGGAAGUCAGGUUUCAGUAGGUCAGACUUCCUCUGGUGGAGGUCAGUCCUUUGCAAGGCGGCCUCCUGGCCUGUACACGCAGCCCUAG